CAAAGUUAGGUGCUGGUCCUGCUCAGCGCUGCGCUUGGAUCUCUGCCAUGGAGGAUAUUCUGUCAUUCUGGGAUGUGACCAUUUAUUUCUCUGCCGAGGAGUGGGAAUGCCUGGGCCCUGCUCAAUGGAAUCUGUACAGGGAGGUGAUAUUGGAGAAUUAUAGCAAUCUGGUGUUCCUGGGUCUUACUUCAUCAAAGCCAUAUCUGGUGACAUUUCUGGAGCAAAAACAAGAGCCUUUAGACAUGAAUAGACAAGCAACUGCCACCAUGCAGCCAGGAAAAGAACAAUAUACAGGCAAAGAACAUGAUAAAACCCUCCAUUGGGACUCACCACAUACUAACCAGCAGAUGACACAUUUAAGAAUGAAGCCCUAUAAGUGUGAAGAAUGUGGCAAGUCUUUCUGUUUCCCAUCAUUGCUUUCUGUACACAAGAGAACUCAUACAGGAGAGAAACCCUUCAAGUGUGAAAUAUGUGGCAAGGCUUUCCACUCCCCAUCAUUAUUUUCUGUACACAAAAGAAUUCAUACAGGUGAGAAACGCUACAGGUGUGAAUUAUGUGGCAAGGCCUUCCAUUGUCCAUCAUUACUUUCUGUACACAAGAACAUUCAUACGGGUGAGAAACCCUAUAAGUGUGAUAUCUGUGGCAAGGCCUUCCAUUGUCCAUCAGUACUUUGUAGACACAAGAGGAUUCAUACAGGGGGAAAACCCUAUAAAUGUGACAUAUGUGACAAGGCCUUCCAUUGUCCAUCAGUACUUUCUGACCACAAGAACAUUCACACAGGAAAGAAGCCCUACAAGUGUGAAGUGUGUGGCAAGGCCUUCCAUGCUCCACCAUUACUUUCUGCGCACAAGAGAAUUCACUCAGGACAAAAACCUUACAUGUGUGAAGUAUGUGGGAAGGCCUUCCAUACCCCGUCAUUACGUUCUGUACAUAAGAGAAUCCAUACAGGGAAGAAACCCUAUAAGUGUGAAGUGUGUAGUGAGGUCUUUAGCACCUCCUGGCAAAUUUCCAGUCACUUGGUAAUCCAUUCUGGAGAGAAGCCAUACAAAUGUGAGGCGUGUGGAAAAGCCUUCUCUGCGAAGUCAUACCUAACAAAGCACAAAUUACUUCACAAUAUGGAGAAACUUUAUAGAUGCGAAGAAUGUGGCAAACAGCUCAACAGUUCUAGAAGCCUUCAAGAGCAUCAAAGAAUUCAUUCUGGAGAGAAGCCCUACAAGUGUAAAGACUGUGGUAAAGACUUCAGAACUUACACAGCACGUUCUAGACAUCGGACCGUUCAUAUUGGAGAGAAGUGUUACAAGUGUGGAGAAUGUGGCAAAACCUUUUACCAGUCCUCUGGUCUUAAGCAACACCAAAGAAAUCAUCUGUGAGAGAAUGCUCACUAGUGUGAAUAAUGUGCCAAGGUCUUUUGGGACACCUAAAAUCCAUACUGGAGAGAAAUGCCUUGAGUGUGAAAAAUGUU